GCGUCUUUUUCACCUUCUUUUUCAAAUUAAAAAAAAUAAAAUUUUCAUCUCUUUUUUUUUAAGAAAAAAAUUUCAUCUCUUAAACCUUCAUUGAUACCAUUAUAAUUAAUUAAUUUAUUUAUAUUCCCGGAUUACCCCUUUGCAAAAGCUGUCUUGGCCGUACAUCAAUUUCUAAGAUCCUUAAUUUUUUAUGGCUGCAUAACUAUUACUGAUUUCUAAGGAUGCCCCCAAAAUUAGAAUUGAAACCUACUCCUUCUUGUUGUUGUUAUUAAAUAAUAAUGAUAAUAAUAAUAAUAUUGAUAAUAAUUGCAAGAAAAGGGUGCCUAAAUUUCAUACUUAAAUCUCUUUGUUUUUUUGGGUUUCAAUAAACAAAUUUUUUCUCUUUGAUUUGUUCUUUUUUUUAGAUGAAGAUUAGAUGUUUCAAGAUUUUUUUGUUGAAAACACAUGCCCCAUAAAUUUCUUCCGGAUUUGCCCUUACCCUCUCAUGUGAAUUUGAGAGUGGUGUUUAAGCUGCUUUCAGUGAAGUGGAAUUUACAAAUUCUGGAUCUGUAACAUUAUUGAUGGGAAUGGAACUCAUAAGAUUUUGCGUUAAGGAAGAGAAUGAUGACGUUCCAUCAGUUCCUCCUGGUUUUGAGUCGUAUGCUGCUUUCACUUUAAAGAGGGUCCAAGACGUUGAAAAACAAGAAAAUCAAGGUGUAAUUACCUGUUCAGCCUCUGUAAGCUCUUCUGAAUUACAGUCAGUCAAGAUGGAAAUGGAUACCGACCCUUGUGCUGACACAAAAAUUAGAAGGUCUCUCCGGCGUAGAGCCUGGAUAAACUAUGGAAAAUUGGACAAUAAUAGUUCGGAGGAUGAAUCUGAUUUGGUAAAGCUUGAUCAAAAUCUCAGUUUAAGGCCUCAUCUUCCCAAGGGGGUUAUUCGUGGGUGUGCACAAUGCAGAAAUUGCCAAAAGGUCACUGCAAUAUGGCAUCCUGAAUGUGCUCGCAGGCCUGACCUUGAGUAUGCUCCUGUGUUCUACCCUACUGAAGAGGAGUUUGAGGAUACUAUGAAAUACAUAGCUAGCAUACGGCCAAAAGCUGAACCAUAUGGAAUAUGUCGCAUUGUUCCUCCUCCUUCUUGGAAACCUCCCUGUCCUCUGAAGGAAAAAUCUAUUUGGGAGGGUUCUACUUUUGCUACUCGUGUCCAGAGGGUUGACAAACUGCAGAAUCGAGCUUCAAUGAAAAAAAUGUCAAAGCUAUAUAACCACACCAGAAAGAAAAGGAGAAGAUGCAUGAGAAUGGCAGUACAUUGUGGGGCAGAUAUCGGAAAUGUCUCAGGGUAUAAUGAUGCUGGUGUUUGUGAGGCUGAGUGUUUUGGGUUUGGACCUGGUCCAGAGUUUACUCUGUACACAUUUCAGAAAUAUGCGGAUGAUUUCACUGCCCAGUAUUUCAGGAAGAAUGAUAUGAAUAAGGGAGGUAACAUGGCAGUACUUCAUGAUAAAUGGGAGCCAACUGUGGAGAAUAUUGAAGGAGAAUAUUGGCGGAUUGUAGAGAAAGCGACUGAAGAGAUAGAGGUGCUUUAUGGGGCUGAUCUGGAAACUGGGUUUUUUGGCAGUGGGUUUCCAAAAUUGUUCAGUCAAGUUGGUUCUGAUGCAAAUGAACGUUAUGCAAAAUCUGGUUGGAACUUGAAUAACUUUCCGAGGCUUUCUGGAUCUGUCCUUUCCUAUGAAAGUGGUGAUAUAUCUGGUGUUUUAGUGCCGUGGUUGUAUAUAGGAAUGUGCUUUUCCUCCUUCUGUUGGCAUGUCGAAGAUCAUCACUUAUAUUCACUGAAUUACAUGCAUUGGGGUGCUCCAAAAAUAUGGUAUGGGGUCCCAGGGAAGGAUGCCAUUAAAUUGGAAGAGGUUAUGAGAAAGCAUUUACCUGAUCUUUUUGAAGAACAACCUGACUUACUGCAUAAGCUGGUGACACAGCUUUCUCCUUCUGUACUAAAAUCUGAAGGCGUACCAGUCUAUCGGUGUGUACAAAAUUCUGGAGAGUUUGUUUUAACGUUUCCUCGAGCAUAUCAUUCAGGGUUUAAUUGUGGCUUCAAUUGUGCGGAGGCAGUAAAUGUAGCCCCUGUUGACUGGUUGCCCCAUGGACAGAUUGCUAUAGAGCUUUAUCGUGAGCAGGCGCGAAAGACUUCCAUCUCCCAUGAUAAACUGUUGCUUGGAGCGGCAAGGGAAGCAGUGAGAGCUCAUUGGGAACUUAAUUUACUGAAAAAGAAUACAACAGAUAACUUAAGAUGGAAAGAUGUAUGUGGAAAGGAUGGAAUAUUAGCAAAAGCACUCAAGGAACGUGUGGAGAUAGAGCGUGUGAGGAGAGAAUUUCUUUGCAAAUCUUCACAGGUGCUGAAGAUGGAGAGCAAUUUUGAUGCCACAAAUGAAAGGGAAUGUAGUGUCUGCCUUUUUGAUUUGCACCUAUCUGCAGCAGGAUGUCCUUGUUCUCCAGAUAAGUAUGCAUGCUUGAAUCAUGCAAAGCAGAUGUGUUCAUGUGAUUGGGGUACCAAAUAUUUCCUAUUUCGCUAUGACAUCAGUGAAUUAAACAUCCUUGUUGAGGCAUUGGAAGGAAAAUUGAGUGCAGUUUACAGAUGGGCAAGAUUAGAUCUUGGACUGGCCCUGACAUCUUAUGUCUCCAAAGACAAUUUGCAAGAUUGUAAAUUUUCUUAUUUGCCAGAUAGAAGAGCACUUAAGGAGGCGAGAUCAAAAGCAUCAAUUGAUCUUCUUAGAGAUGUGGACGGUAAAGGAACCACCAGGGAAAUCACAUUGACUUCAAUGAAGAUCUUUGGUGAGACUUAUUCGGUAGAAAAAAAGACACCUUCUGAGGAAGGCACAGAGACAUCAUCUAUGUCCUGUAGUUCUUUUCAAGCAACUGAGAAUCAAAAUCACUAUUCAAAGUCAAAUGAAGAAUCCGUCCUUUCUUCUAUCAAUUUAAGGACAGCAGUAUGCCAGCUAUCUCGAGAAGACAUGUCCUAUGCUGGAGACCUCGCUUCAUCAGAACGUGGAAUGAAAAAACCUUCAACUUUGGGCCAUGAUAAUAUUAGUCUUCGUAGUGAUGAGGAAGGUGACGAACCAAAGGAAUCAGUUGUAGAAAGAGCAACAGAAAUUUCUCUUGCAAAGCACUCAGAAUUUUCUAAGAGGUCAUCUAGUUCUGAUGACGACCCCUGCAAUGACAAUAAAGAUUCAAUCUUAAUUGCGCCUGUGACUGAUGCUGCAGUGAUUAGUAAAAAUGAUGUUAGCUCUUCCCCUGAUCCUGAUGGACAAAGGAAUAAUUGUAUAUUCGAUCUUGUAAAAGUGAAGGAUGACCAGAUUCAACAUAGUAAAAUAGUUCUUGCAUCUAACGCAGCAGACAGCUCUUGCCAUGCAGGCUGUACUAGUGCAGGAUGUGGUAAGAAUGUUCAACAGUCUUCAAACAUGAGAGAGACCAGUAAGGAUCAAAAUAUGGCAAUUGCUAGGUGUCCACAGCCACAGCAUUGUGGCAUUGCAAAUCCUAAUGAUGAGGAUAAGAUGGGAGCAAAUGCCACAUCAAAUCCAGUGGAUAACUCAAGAACUAUGGCAGGUAGCCCAUCUUGCUCACAAAAUAAUUUGGACCGAUAUUUCCGCCAGAGGGGUCCCCGAAUUGCCAAGGUAGUGCGAAGGAUUAACUGUAAUGCUGAGCCUCUGGCAUUCGGAGUUAUACAUCCUGGAAAAUUGUGGUGUAACAGCCAGGCGAUUUUUCCCAAAGGAUUUAGGAGCAGGGUUAGAUAUAUAAGUGUUUUAGAUCCAACAAAUAUAUGUUACUAUGUUUCAGAAAUUCUGGAUGCAGGGCGAGAUAGACCUCUGUUCAUGGUUUCCUUGGAGCAUUGUCCAACUGAGGUAUUCGUUCACCUUUCCGCAGCCAGAUGCUGGGAAAUGGUGAGAGAGAGAGUAAAUCAAGAGAUUACAAAGCAACAUAAAUUGGGAAGAAUGAACUUACCUCCUUUGCAACCUCCUGGAAGUCUUGAUGGCUUUGAAAUGUUUGGGUUUUCUUCACCAGCAAUUGUUCAGGCCAUAGAGGCAUUGGAUCGAAAUCGAGUUUGCUUAGGUUAUUGGGACUCCAGGCCCUACUCACGGCCUCAGGGUCAGAUUCCACAACCUUCUCAACCCGAAGAAAGUGGAGGCUAUAUCCAGGGAGCAUCUGAGGAACAUAAUAAUGAAGGAACUCCAGGGAGUAAUCUCCUACCUGAGGGAGUUGAUACGAUACUCCAAGGCUUAUUCAAGAGGGCAAUCCCAGAAGAAUUAUGCUCACUGAGUCGAAUUCUUAACAACACUAAGCCAACAGUUGAUCGAGGCUUAAUAACCCUUCUUAAUGAAGAGAUUCACAGUCGCUCUAAAUAAUUCAUUAAUUUGGUCGCACGAGGCUCUGAGACUGAAUUUGCCAUUGCAAUAUUUUCGACUGCUGUAUAUUCUGAAUUCUCACUUUCACGUUGCACAUACAUCUCCAUUCAAUAUACUCGAUUCUUUUAGAGGGGGGAAAAUAGAAAAAGGAAGGAAAGGACAUUCAUAGCAAAGGAGAAGCUGACAAUGUGUCUGGUGGAUACUCCCAUUUUUGUGAUACAGUGAGCAGAAUGCCUUCAUGUGGGGUUAAACAUGCCAUCUGUAUUCUUCUUCUUGAUUCUUGACAUUUUCUUUGCCUAGGAGAUAUUCCUGACAUUGUUUGCUCCCUAAGCUGAUAAGCUGAGACAGGAUGAGAGAAGCUUAUGGAGCUUCUUCUGAUGAAAAAAAAACAAAAAGAAAUUAACUAGAAUGGUUGAACUUGCCUACAAACACUUCAGUAGAAUAUUAUGAUGUUCUUGUGAA